AUGGCGGGGAAGCCUGUGCUUCACUACUUCAGUGGACGAGGCAGAAUGCAGAGUAUCAGAAUGGAGAGGCUCUUGCCUGCAGCCGGAGUAGAGUUUGAAGAGAAGUUUAGAGAAUCUCCAGAGGACGUGGAAAAGUUAAAAAAUGAUGGAUGGAGUUUGAUGUUCCAGCAGGUGCCCAUGGUGGAGAUGGAUGGGAUGAAGCUGGUGCAGACCACAGCCAUCCUCAGCUACAUUGCCACCAAAUAUGAUCUCUACGGAAAAGACAUGAAGGAGCGAGCCCUGAUUGAUAUGUACGCAGAAGGUUUGGUAGAUUUGCUUGAAAUGAUCUGGAGCCCACUCCUAUGUCCUCAGGAAAAAGACGCCAAGAUUGCCUUGCUCAAAGACAGAACAGUGAAUCGCUACUUGCCUGUCUUUGAAAAUGUGUUGAAGAGCCAUGGGCAAGACUACCUUGUUGGCAACAGAUUGAGCAAGGCUGACAUUCACCUGUUGGAAGUUCUCCUCUACAUUGAAGAGCUUGACGCCAGCCUUCUGGCCACCUUCCCUCUGCUGCAGGCCCUGAGGACCAGGAUCAGUAACCUCAUGAAUGUGAAGAAGUUCCUGCAGCCUGGCAGCCUGAGGAAGCCUUGUGUUACUGCAAAGGAAGUAGAAGAAGAAAGGAAGAUUUUCAAGUUUUAA